UUUGUGCGAGCAGUGGGAGAGAAGUGGGGGGGUUUACUUGUCUCAUCUUGACAGAACCUGUCCAUUCAUGCCAUUUUCCCCCGUUCCUUUUUAAAUUUUCCUACUCCGUUACCUCCCACCACCUUGUAGCCCCACCCGCCCCUUACUGGCACAGGACUGACUUUAUGCCAGCUGUGUAUAUGCGCUUCAUCAGCUGGCUACUACUAGCCCAGUCGACGGCCGACCGCCCAGCCAAUUGGACGUGUACCCCCCUUUUAUUUAUUUAUUUUUUUUUUUUACCUCUCUGAUCCAUUCGAAAAAUUUCAAAACCAAUUUGUUUUGUUUUUUAAAUACCCAGAGACUGUGGCCCAGCAAAAAGCCUGGCGUGUUUACUGCCCUCCCAGUGAUGAACUGAGUUUGUGUUAAUUAAAAAAUAAUAAUAAUAAGAAAACAACAACUCGCAAUCUGGAAAUUUGAUCAGGAUGCUGAUGCGACCUCAUCGCCAUUAUCAGCCGGAAUCGCCGGAUUAUUAUACGUCGUUGACUGCGGCCGCUACCAGUCCAUCAUUGUCAUUGGGGAUCAUCUCAUCAUCGCUCGAGAAAAUGCCAGUGGAACUGAGACUGAGGAGGUCCGCUGCUUUGACGCGCGAUGAAUACGAGAGGGCCGCAGCGCUGGACGAGGAGCUCUCUCCAAAGACGGAAUGCAGCGACGACAGCGUCGAAAUCCGAUCGACGCCGAUGCGGAUCCAUGGCGCUGCCAUCAACAAGCCGCUCAUUUUGCGACCGAACGCAAUUCUAGCCGCGCACGCGCCUCUGAAGCGGCCCUGCAACAACAACAACAACAACAGUAGUCAAGACAGCCGUCAUAAAAUGUCGCAUUGGAACGACGUGGAACAGCCGGAAGAGAAGCGAAUGCGCUUGAUGGUGGGCAGCCAUCCGGCGCCGCUGUUGACGCCCUUUUAUCACGCGCCAUCUGUUGAGCAACAUCAGCAAAACGGGCUGAAAUUAGCCGGCCAUCCGCACGAUUUGCUCCUGCUGGAAGCCGAGAGGAACCGGCUGUUCCAGCAUUGGAUGAGACCCGACAACUGGCCGCCGGCCGUCGCCCAUCCGACGGUGGAAAGCGCGGCCGCCGCCGCCCAUCAUCUGAUGACGUCGGCCCUCCAUUACCACUACCCGCAUCUGAUCCAGCCGGCCGGCAGCGGAGGCGGCUACAGUUUACCGCCGCCACCACCGCCCCCUCCUCCUCCUCCGCAUCAUCACGCGUUCCUCCAUCCGGCGCCGGCCACUGCUGCGGCGGCGGCGGCGGCGGCCAUUUUUAAUUUAUCCUACGGCCAUUUGUUACCUCAGCCGAUGAUGUUUCAUCGACGUCCCGCCUUGUUUUCGCCUCCGUCAUCCGUCAGCGGAGUGAAAACUGUUGGGCCGCCUUCGCCCGUCUGUGCCCGAUCCGUCACUCCUCCGCCGCUGUCGAUGCUCGGGCCCCUUCCUGCCCUCGUUCCGCUUCACGACACGCCUCCGCCUUCGGAUUGCAGUCGCCAAGAGUCGGCCGUCCGUCCGAUGGCCAGCGCUUCCGGCCAGUGCCUUCCGUCGCUGGAGAAAAGGAAGGACGCGAGCUCGUCGCCCAGUCAACAACACACGACGCGGAUGAGCCGGAAAGAGGAGAGGAAGUGCCUUCCGUCGAUCGAUUCCGGAAGCGAUGCCAAUAAAUCGAACGGAACGAGUGGCGUUAAAUCGGCGGCCGUUCCGCUCUUCCUCAGCGUCGAGACGCUGCUGAGCCGUGACAAACCGAUGGGCCAUCAUCAUCCUCAUCAUCAUCGGGUCGGCCAGCCGGAAGAAGAGGAAGAAGAAGAGAUGCGUCGACCGGAAUUGGGAGCAGAAAGAAACGAAGAAGAAGAAGAGGAUGAAGAAGAAGAUGAUGAAGAAAGGCGGUGGAGAGGGCGGACGUUGCGCGACCCUCGGCAUCAAUUUCAGCUGGCCAGAGCGGGUCGAGAGGGCAGCUCGGCCGGCACGACGACGUCCACCAGUCAGCGCAAUUACAAGAAUAUGACGCGAGAGAGGCGGAUGCAGGCCAACGCCCGGGAGCGGACGCGAGUCCACACGAUCAGCGCCGCAUUCGAAGCGCUGAGACGGGCCGUUCCGUCCUUUUCACACGGCCAGCGAUUGUCGAAGCUGUCCAUCUUGCGGGUAGCGUCGGCCUAUAUCGCGGCGCUCGGCCAACUGGCCGGAGAGGAUGGCGACCAAGAGGGAGACGAAGGCGGCCAGCACGGCCGCUGCCAGUUGAGCGAGUGCGUCGACCGUUGCACCCGCACGCUCAUGACCGAAGGUCAACUCUUGCGCCGCAACCGGAAGCGAUCGGGCGUGGCCGGCCGUCCCAAGAACGCCACCGACGACGAAGAUGAGGCUGACGAUUCAAUUCGAUUAUGAUUUCAUUUUUUAAAUUUCAAAUUCAUUUUGUUUUGUGAUGUUGUGUACAUAGUGUUCAUACUAUUUCGUAUGUUUUGUUUUGUUUUGUUUUUUUUCUUUUUUUAGCUUUUGUGCAAUCAUCUUCUUUAUCAAAAUAUUAUAUUACAUUCGUUUGAAAAUUGGA